ACGGAAGUGACAUCUGACAUCUUCAUGCGGAAGAGCCUUUUUUUCUGUGGUAAUCAGGCUAUCAGAAGGAAACAAAAUAAAGAAGGAACUGCCACAGAUUUGCAUUUUGAACAACGUUAAUGUAAUUUUAAUAGACUAGUAGGUGUUAUUUGUUGAAUUGCCUGUCGCUUCACUCUCAGCGCCCAUGGCUACCAAUGGCAACUUACAGAAAGCUAUAGACCUAGCUAGCAAGGCUGCUCAAGAAGACAAAGCAGGGAAUUAUGAAGAAGCCCUUCGUUUAUACCAGCAUGCUGUGCAGUACUUCCUACAUGUAGUGAAAUAUGAAGCACAGGGUGACAAAGCCAAACAGAGCAUCAGAGGGAAAUGUGCGGAAUACUUGGACAGAGCUGAAAAACUAAAGGAAUACUUGAAAAAGAAGGAAAAGGCCCCAUCUAAGCCUGUAAAAGAAUCGCAGGCAGAUGAAAAAGGGAAUGAAAGUGACGAAGAUGGUGACCCAGAGAAAAAGAAGCUCCAAAACCAGCUCCAAGGCGCCAUUGUUAUGGAGAAGCCAAAUGUAAAAUGGAGUGAUGUAGCUGGUUUGGAGGGUGCCAAAGAGGCCCUGAAAGAGGCUGUGAUUUUGCCCAUUAAAUUUCCACAUCUCUUCACAGGCAAAAGAACUCCAUGGAGAGGGAUUCUCCUGUUUGGCCCACCUGGAACUGGAAAGUCCUACCUGGCCAAAGCUGUGGCAACAGAAGCCAACAAUUCUACGUUCUUCUCUGUGUCUUCCUCGGAUCUGGUGUCGAAGUGGCUUGGUGAAAGUGAAAAGCUGGUAAAGAACCUGUUCCAACUGGCUAGAGAGAAUAAGCCCUCUAUUAUCUUUGUUGAUGAAAUUGAUUCCCUGUGUGGAUCCAGGAGUGAAAAUGAAAGUGAGGCUGCAAGGCGCAUUAAAACAGAAUUUCUUGUUCAGAUGCAGGGUGUUGGGGUAGAUAAUGAUGGAAUAUUGGUACUUGGGGCUACAAACAUUCCAUGGACACUAGAUUCUGCAAUCAGAAGAAGGUUUGAGAAGCGUAUUUACAUUCCCCUCCCAGAAGAACAUGCCCGCACCUUCAUGUUCAGACUACACAUGGGCACUACUCCCACCAGCCUGACUGAAGCAGACUACAACACCCUGGGAAAAAAGACUGAAGGGUACUCUGGAGCUGACAUCAGCAUCAUCGUGAGAGACGCCCUGAUGCAGCCUGUCAGAAAAGUGCAGUCAGCCACUCACUUUAAAAAAGUACGAGGAGCAUCAAGAGAGGACCCAGACCGGCUGGUAGAAGACCUCUUGACCCCAUGCUCUCCAGGAGAUCCCAAAGCUAUAGAAAUGACAUGGAUGGAAGUCCCUGGGGAUAAACUUUUGGAGCCAGUUGUUUCCAUGUCUGACAUGUUGAGAUCCCUUACAAGCACCAAGCCAACUGUUAACCAGCAGGACUUGGAGAAACUGAAGAAGUUUACAGAGGACUUCGGCCAGGAGGGCUAAACCUAAAAAUAAAAUAACAAAUGUAUUCAUCCUCUUUUAUGGUUUCAUCUAAAGGUGGCAUUCUAAUACUGUGCAGCUCUCUAUGGGAAAUUCAACUUGACUGAUUUCCUAAAGCAGUCUUGAGGGGUGGACAAGAGGCGUGUAGCUGUGUUUUUCAUGUUCCUAAUAUUCCUAGAUUUUCAAAUACAUUUUCUUUAUUUUUAUAGAGCUUUAAAAAAAAUUGCAUGACUAUAAUACUCUAUAGCCAUUAUGACAAAAUGGCGAACUAUACAUUUUGAUUUCAUUCAGGUCAUUAAAUAGACAGGAUGGACCAGGUCAUGAUCAUUUGUAUCAUAUGGCAAACCAUGAGAUAGAGCAGUAUAGUUUUAAGUUUUUUGUUUUUUUUCUUUUUCGACAAAGUUCAUCUUAAGUGAUCCAUCUUGUUAAGAAAAUGUGUAGCUCAACUCUGAUAAGCCUUAAAGGUAUUUUGCAUGCUGUACCUUUGAUAUGCGGGAAUGCUUUUGCUGUAGAUUACUUAUUAGUGUUGGGGGAAGUAAAAAAAGAUCUUAUGGAUACCGCAGUAUCUGUAUUCCACACCUGUAAAUGACUUGUAAAGAAUUCAACGAUAAACAGAAGAGACUAUGUAUCCAUUAUACAGCUCCCAGAAAUAAACCAUGGAAGUUUCUUUGUAAUUGGGAUCUACUACUACCUGUUGAGCACUCCUAGUGGUGGCUUAGAAUAUGUGCCUUUACUACGGGUUACCUACUACAUAUUUGUGUUUAUGACUUUUGUCUAAUAGUGAGUAGCAUCUUCAAUAUGUACUCUUCUGUCAGGUUGUUAUGGAAUAUUGCAUCUUUUAAAAAUGUGCACCUUUCAUUAACAAUUGUACUCAAUGAUUAUACAAUACUGUACUUCUAUGCACUUAAGGUGUUGGCUUUCCUAUAAAACUAUGACUCUGUAUCCUUUA